AUGUCUACACCAAACAUUUCAACAUUGAUUGAUAUUUCACAUACCAUAACUGUAUAUGUUGGUAUAACAAUUUUUGUUGUUGGUAUCAUCGGUGGUUUGCUCAAUGUUAUUGUAUUUCUUGGUCUACGAACUUUUCGUGAAAACUCUUGUGCAUUUUAUUUAAUUAUUAUGUCAUUUAUUAAUAUUGGUAAUUUAAUGACAGGUCUACUUUCUCGAAUUUUAAUCAGUGGAUUUCAACUUGAUUGGACAAUAAUUUCACCUUUCUAUUGUAAAUUCAGAUGGUAUGGUCUUCAAUUUUGUGUUUUAACAUCUUUUACAUGUACAAGUUUGGCAGCAAUUGAUCAAUAUAUAUCUACGUCUGUUCGUCGUCAAUUGCGUCAAUGGAGUAAUAUCAAAACAGCUCAUAGGUUGACAAUAAUAUUUAUUAUUAUUUGGCUUCUUCAUGGAAUUCUGUAUUUAAUAUAUUUUGAUUUAAUUCAAUCACCAACUACAGGCAGCGUUGUCUGCGAUACCAAUAAUAUAAUCUUUCGACAAUAUCAUAUGUAUGGUCAUAUUAUUAUCCUUCAAUGUGUUUUACCUCUUACAGUCACUAGUGUUUUCGGACUUUUAGCUCGUCACAAUGUUAAAAAGUUAGCACAUCAAACAAUACCAAUUGUACAACGUUGUUUAGAUAAACAAUUAACUAUCAUGGUUCUUAAUCAACUUUUCUAUAAUUUUAUUUUUACUUUACCAUAUACUAUUUUGACAAUUCUUACACUUUUUCUAACUAAUGUGAAAGAUCCAGCUAUUAUUAGAAUGUUAGAUUUUGCAAAUGUUAUGACCAUUCUUUUAUAUUAUUUGAGCUUUGCAUGUCCUUUUUAUAUUUAUAUUUCUGCAUCUGAACGAUUUCGUCAACAAUUAAUAUACGUAUUAUUCGAUAUAUAUCUCAAACGAUGGCGACGACCGGAAAUCGCUACCAAUCAAAUAGCACCCUUUCCACAAGAAAAUCCGUAA